AUGCGCUCUGUGAAGACUUCUCUCGCGGCUGUGGCAAUUUUGCUAGCUUCAGCCUCUGCUACCGACCCACCCACUGUCACCGUCAAGAACGGGUCCUACUACGGCGUAUACCAGCCCACCUACGACCAGGAUCUCUUCCUUGGAAUGCCCUACGCGCAGCCUCCCGUUGGUGAUCUCCGUUUUCGUAACCCCGAGCCUCUGAACACGACGUGGACGGACUCCAAGAACGCAACCGAGUACUCUCCGGAAUGCUACGGCUACGGCAGCGACCAGUGGGUGUUGGGCAACGUUGUCUCGGAGGACUGCUUAACCAUCAAUGUGGUGCGCCCAAGCGGCAUCUCUAAAGACGCCAAGCUUCCUGUGGGCUUUUGGAUCCACGGAGGCGGUUUGGCUCAGGGUGGCAACCGUGACCCUCGCUACAACUUCUCGUACAUCAUCGAUGAGGCUACCAAGGCGGGCAAGCCGUUCAUUGGUGUGAGCAUCAACUACCGAUUGCACGGCUUCGGCUUCCUGUGGGGAAGCACUGUCGAGGAGGCUGGCGUAACGAACCUGGGCUUCCGUGACCAGCGUCUGGCGCUGCACUGGGUGCAGGAGAACAUCGCCGCUUUCGGCGGUGACCCGGACAAGGUCACGAUCUGGGGUGAAAGCGCCGGCGGCUGGAGUGUUGGCUACCAGCUCUUAGCUUACGGCGGCCGUGACGACGGGCUGUUCCGUGGUGCAAUCAUGCAGUCUGGAGCUCCAGCAUCUUCGAGCUACGCGAAUGCUUCUUCCUGGGACGUGUACUACAACAAUAUCACCUCGGCCGCCAAUUGCAGCUCUGUCACUGACACGCUCGACUGUCUGCGUCAGGUGCCGGUCGAUGCGCUUUCAUCGAUCUUUAACAGCUCCGUGGCUGCGUCCGCCUCCUUCCGUCCUGUCAUCGACGGCGACUACCUCCAAGACACAGGCGCCAAUCUUCUGCGCGACGGGAAGUUUGUGCACGUGCCGAUCCUUCACGGUGCAAACCACGAUGAAGGAUCCGCGUUCGGUACGUGGGGCAUCAACUCAACCGACGAGUUCCUGGAUUACCUAGUGGCAAUGGGGAAUACCGCCGAAGAGGCUGAGAUUCUCGCGGCAGUCUACCCAGAUAUCCCGGAGCUUGGCAUCCCCGGUACAUUGCACGGCCGUCCGCCUGUGGAUUCCCUAGCUGGUUCCCAGUUUAAACGCGUCUGCGCCUAUGCUGGAGACGCCUACAUGCACGCUCCCCGCCGCUACACGGCCGAAGCGUGGGCAGCCUACAACGUCACGAGCUACAGCUACGUCUUCAACGUGUUAGUCAAUGGACUGUCACAAUACGUGGGCGCCACGCACUUCCAGGAGAUCGCCUUCGUGUUCUACAAUCUCGAUGGUAACGGAUACGAUAACGCCGUCGCCGUCAACCCGUUCCUGAACCAGCCCGAGACGUUCACCCAACUCGCGCGUAUGAUGACUCGCAUGUGGUCGAGCUUCAUUGUGGACCAGACGCCCAACAACAACGGCGUCACGGCCUUGAAGUGGCCGGAGUACACUACCGAGGAUCCGAAGAACAUCGUCUUCGACGUGAAUGUGACGGAGCAGGCCUAUCUCGAGCCGGACACCUACCGUGGGGAGGCCAUUGCCUACUUGCACAGCAAGUAUUUCGAGUAAACCGGCCAACUGUAGGGGCAGAUGAAAGUGCUAAUGUUGCGAAGGAC